GACUUGCUGGACCAGCUUAAAACCUGAAGAGAGAGAGAGAGAAGACGAAGAGAGCAUUGGAGUUUGCUCAAAAUCGGGUUGACGAAACCGCCCCAAAUUUUAUCAAUAUUUCUCCGGACCUCCCGAUGAAUGUUUUGUGUUAAUAAGCCUUCGAUGACAGCUAUCCUCUGAUCUUCCUCUUAGGGGUUGCUGCCGGAAUGGCAAAUGCAUCUGGUUUUUUGGGUCCUUCAGUCCCGAGCUUGAGGAGGAGGGCCCAGUUCCAGCGUUCAAUGGCGAUUCAUGGAUCUGGGUUUUGUUCCCCGGAGCUUAGUGCGAAGAGGGUGUUUUGCUCCAGCGCCAUUCAAGGUGCUGACAAACAGGCUCUGGGCGAUUCUUCCAUUGAAUCUCGAGCGCCAAGGCUUGUGAGUAAAGGUUGCAAGUUACUUGGAUCUGGCUCAGCUAUACCAUCUCUUCAGGUCUCAAAUGAUGAUCUUGCUAAAAUUGUCGAUACCUCCGAUGAAUGGAUCUCUGUCCGUACAGGAAUCCGCAAUCGACGGGUUCUUUCAGGCAAAGAUAGUCUGACGAAUUUAGCAGCAGAGGCAGCGAGAAAAGCUCUAGAGAUGGCACAGGUUGAUGCUGACGAUGUGGAUAUGGUCUUGAUGUGCACUUCCACCCCUGAGGAUCUUUUCGGUAGUGCUCCUCAGAUUCAGAAAGCACUCGGCUGCAAAAAAUAUCCUUUGUCCUACGAUAUUACGGCUGCGUGCAGCGGAUUCGUGUUGGGUCUAGUCUCAGCUGCUUGCCACAUUAGAGGAGGUGGAUUUAAUAAUGUUCUAGUGAUUGGUGCCGAUUCUCUUUCUCGGUAUGUUGAUUGGACCGAUCGAGGGACCUGCAUUCUCUUUGGGGAUGCUGCGGGUGCUGUACUGGUGCAGUCCUGUGAUGCCGAGGAAGAUGGGCUCUUUGCCUUUGAUUUGCACAGUGAUGGAGAUGGGCAAAGGCACCUAAAAGCCUCAUUCACAGAAAAUGAUAUUGAUCAUGCCGUGGGAACUAGUGGGGCCAUCUCAGACUUUCCACCAAGACGUUCUUCAUAUUCUUGCAUCCAAAUGAAUGGUAAAGAGGUCUUCCGCUUCGCUUGCCGCUCUGUGCCCCAGUCAAUUGAAUCAGCCCUUCAAAAGGCUGGUCUUGAUGGAUCCAACAUCGACUGGCUGCUGCUUCAUCAGGCGAACCAGAGGAUUAUUGAUGCAGUCGCGACGCGCCUGGAGGUUCCACCGGAACGAGUCAUCUCAAACUUGGCGAAUUACGGGAACACCAGUGCCGCAUCUAUCCCCUUGGCACUAGAUGAAGCUGUUCGGAGCGGGAAGGUGAAGGCGGGCCACAUGAUCGCUGCUGCAGGCUUCGGUGCGGGGCUAACUUGGGGGUCUGCCAUUGUCAGAUGGGGAUAAAGAAUGAAGAAGCCUCCACUUAGAAAAGCAUAUGAUCAACCCAACCAUCUCCACCCAGUAAGAGACCCAGAAAACUGUUAUUUGCCCAAAUUUUGCUUCCAUGACUGAAGAGAAUUUUGAGUCCUCAGGGAGCAAGCAAGCAAUCUUCGUCUUCUUCAUCUUUCCCCUUUUUCAUUAGUUUGAUGAUUCUGUUGGCACUACCCAUAGCUCUUUUCUGUCCCCAAUAAAUCAUUUCUUUCUCCUUUAUUUGUUCAGCUUCCAUUUAAGUUGUUAGUUCAUUUUGUCUUGAGACAUUGAGCAGAGCAGAGCAUGUAUUGCUGAACAGAGAACUGUACUGUAUGCAGACCAAAAAUCUUGAAUCUUUAUCAUUGUCAAUCAAAAA